GGUAGAUGGCACAACCAGCCCAUUUUCGGAUGGAUUAGCGGGGUCGAACACUGCUGCAGCCUGGAGGAUUUUUGCGACAUAAAAUUAUAUAAAAUCAUGAGAUGGCAUUCAAAGGCAAGGCGGUCGACUCGAAGACCGUGCUUUUCAACCUGCUGCUGUGUCUGGUCAUAUUUUACAGUCUUUUCUACAUGAUUGGGAGCGUAUGCUUCGGUGCCUUCAGGUUAGAUCAGUUUGACGGACUGAUUCCAUUUGACUUUAAGACCGAGCCUGCAGAAUCCAACUCCAAAUACCUGGUGAACCUCCUGUCCUUGGAGCUCACCUACUUUUGCAGUGGUAUUCUGUUUGCUGCUGUGGUGAGGAGGCGGGUGUGGGAUUACGCCCUCACUGUCACUCUACUGCAUGUUCUUAUCACCAGCCUAGUAAUGUUGGAGUUUCCCAUGGUGUGGCAGUGGUGGCUUGCCUUAGGCAGUGGGUUGUUUCUGAUGAUCUGCAAUGGUCAGCUGAUUGCUUACUUUACCUGCCAGAGCGACCAGAGCUAUGCCUCCUUCAGCAUUUACUGAAAGCAUCUCUAUGUACAAGCCAAGCUGUGUAAUGCACAGUCUUGUGAAGUGGGGUAGAAAGAACAGACCAGAUGCUCUCCUCCCAGAGACAACCAUUCCAUUUUUCACAGUGAAGGAUGAAUUUUUUUUUUUGUCACUAAAAAAAGACUCCUCACUGUUUCGUUUUCCAUCACAAAUCAUUCCAAAGCUGAGGCUAUCCUAUGUUUUAGGAAUCUGGAGACUGCUAUCAAUUUGUUUUUAUGGAAACACCACAACAUUUACUUUGUACUUUGCUUGUAAUGCACAAUUCCUCUGCCACUAUGCAGUAUUUAAAGUCCAUCUGUGAAGUAUUUUCAAUGCCGUUGUAAGAUGUGAAUGUAUAAGCUGAAUGAGACUGC